GCAAACGGAGAUUCGCCAAUUAAGACAAGGAGCAAGAAAACCAAAAACGCCGAACGUAGAAAUCAGCAGCUCGUCGCAGGAAGUUGGCCUGGCUUCCUUCCCGGUUCCCAGAAAUCCUUCCUUCGGAUUCUCGAGAAAAUCACGCCGCGCCGAGAAAACCCAGAAUUUGGUUUGUCGAAAGCCGAAGAGAAACAGCGAUGCAGAGUCGGAACCAGGGGAAUUACCGGAACCCGUGCCUGACGAUGCACCAGCCAUGGGCUUCUUUGCUCGUGCACGGGAUCAAGCGCAUCGAGGGCAGGUCUUGGCCUGCCCCAAUUCGAGGCCGCCUUUGGAUCCACGCCGCCAGCAAAGUUCCAGAUGAAUCCACGAUCAAAGCCAUGGAGGAGUUCUACAGGGAGAUUUAUGCAGUGAAUGGGAUUACUGAAAUUAAGUUCCCUGAGCACUAUCCUGUCUCAAGACUACUAGGAUGUGUUGAAGUGGUUGGCUGUGUCCGAGGUGACGAACUAGCUCACUGGGAGGGGGUGCCUGAAGGGGUAAGGCUGGAAGCACUAACAGAUUAUUGCUGGCUCUGUGAACAGCCACAGAAAUUAGUCAUUCCUUUUGAGAUGCGAGGGUACCAGAAGAUUUACAACCUAGAAAAGAAGAUGUACGAAGCUGCAGCCAGAGGGCUUAGUAAAGUGGAAAGUCCGCUGCCUGUGAAGUUUCCGCUUCCAGAUCCACGCGAUCCUUUUUCAUUGAAGCCAGGUUCCCUAUUACUAAAUGCGUCUGAAUCUAAACAAAGUGAACCGGGAGAUUCAUCGAGUCUCAGUGCUGCCAUAGCUGGUGCACAAGCUGCUGCCACUCAGUUUUCAAAAAACCAAAAUCAUAGUACAUCUUAUUCGACAAGAACAAGUGUGAUGAAUAUUGACAACUCACGGAACGUUGAGACGGCAUCAUCUGAUUUAGAAGAAGUUUCAGAUGACAGUAGUCCUAGGGAUAGUGAGAAAGAGUUUAGCGGCUACAAUGAAACUCUAACAAGAGAGCGGAAACAGCGGGCUGGGCCUUCUUCAAAGGUGCAGUGAUUCUCCUUAUGAACUAUUGAUUUUUGCUGAAGCUGUGCGGGCAUUGAAGUCUUCAUGAGCAGACUGUUCAUACUAUUCUUAGCAUGGGUUCGAGGUUAAGCAGAUGGGUGCCGAGGACAGACGUGCAUCGAAACAUGGUUUCACGGGGUUCUAUUACGUCUUUUCGUGAAGUCAGAUAAUAAGAUUCGGAUGCCCUUACGUCAGCCCACCUCUUUGUUGUAAUAAUCAUGUACAGGCCGUCAUUUUAUCGACCGAGCUUGGUGUAUCUUAAAGUGUUUUUAUAAGCGAUACUGACAAUUACUUGGUUGUAUUAUAGUGUAUACUAUUCACUGUGUGGUCUUGGUAAUGGAUUCAUAGUCCUUUGUCGAACUCUUUUUA